AUGGGUCAGCGGCUCUUAAUAGUUCAUACAGAAAACGUUUUAGGUAUAAAGAUGUCUGAUGUUAGCAGAACGUAAGGUUGACCACACUCGACUGCCAGGAUGGCCAAAGAUGAGGAGAUAAAGGAAUUGGUCAAAAAGAGAGGGAGUUAUAAAGGACAACUAACUAAUUUCAUAAAUUAUUGCUUGGAAUUGGGUAAGAAAGAAACUUUGCUUAGUACAGACGCCAAGGAAUUGCAAUUACGUAUAGGUAAAUUAGAAUCUUUAUAUGAUAAGUAUGAUGAGGUACAAUUACAAUUAGAAUGUUUAGUCGAUGAUGUUCAAGCUCAGUAUACAGUAAGAGCAGAGUUUGAGUCUCAGUAUUAUCAAGCUCUAGCAAGUGCUCAGGAUAUUUUAAGUAAUUACAAUAAAGACACAGCUGACGCUGAUGUCAGUUAUAGGAGUAUCAGUGCUAGUGCUCGUCAUCAGCUCGUUAAGCUCCCCACUAUUCAGUUACCAAAAUUUAAUGGAACAUAUGACUGUUGGCUUGAAUUUCGUGACACAUUUACUAGCCUCAUUCAUUCAAAUAAUGAUAUUGAUGAAAUAAAUAAGUUCCAUUAUCUUCGGGCUUCCCUCGAGGGAUCGGCAUCUGUAGUCAUUCAGUCUAUUGAUUUUUCUGCUACUAAUUAUUCAGUUGCUUGGAAGUUAUUAUGUGAGAGAUAUGAUAACAAACAUUUGCUUAUUCAAAAUCAUAUUUCAGCUUUGUUUAAUAUUGAUAACAUUACUAAAGAGUCAUCAACUGUAUUGAAGCGACUAAUUGACCUGUUAAAUAAAAACAUUCGCGCCUUAGAGUCAUUAGGCGAGCCUGUCAAGCAGUGGGAUACUCUGCUUAUAUUUAUUGUCACUCAAAAAUUAGAUAAUAAAACUUAUAGAGAGUGGGAACAAUAUAAGGGUCGCAUUGACAAGAAGGUCGCAGUAACAUUUGACAAGUUUAUUGAUUUCAUUCGCAACAGAGCUGACUUAAUUGAAACAUUAGAAUUAUCACGUAAUAAUCAUUCAACCACUGGUAGGCAAGGUUCUAAAUUUAAAUCUAUGGUGUCAGUACAAAAUAAUACCCAUUCAGAGUCAGUGAACAAAGUAUGUUGUCCGAACUGUAAAGGUGAUCACAGUUUAUCAAACUGUUCUAAUUUUCUUGGCUUGAGUAAUGAAGCUCGUUUAAAAUUGUUAGCUGGUUACAAAGUCUGCUACAAUUGUUUUCAUCCAGGCCAUUUUGCAAACCGUUGCAAAAAGCAAGGCUGUAAAUUUUGUAAGCGCCGGCACAAUACACUUGUGCAUUUAGAUGAUUUUAAAGGUAGUAACACUCACAAUGAGAGAGGUCACUUACCUGUCAGUGUUUCAUCAUCAUCAGCGGCGCAACCACCCACUAAAUCUAGUGGUUCAAAUGAUAAAAAUUUGACAUUGUCUGUUAAGCUUUCUCCUUCAUGUGAUGUUAAGCAACAUGAUGAUGUAUUAUUGUCAACUGCAUUAAUUAAAUUAUUUGAUGCCAAUAAUCGUGAACAUAUUGUUCGCGCGGUAUUAGAUAGCGGUAGCACAUCAUGUUUAAUUACACAGAGGCUUUCUCAAAAGUUAAAUUUAAAAACUUGUCAAAUUAAUAAAAACGUUCUUGGUGUUAAUAAUGUGUCUUCUCACAUAAGAAGUAAUGAUUUUGAUGAUGCUGUAAAUAUUCGGCUGAAAGUGACGAAGGAGCUCGCGUCAGCUGGGAUGACUCUGCGAAAAUGGAAGUCUAAUGACCCUCGUUUAGUGCCUUCAAGUUCAUGCACACCACUUGAUUUGAGUCUUGGGUCUCAUGAGCCAAAAACUUUCAUGGGAUGA